GUCGUUCGUGUGACUCGUGUCUCUCGUAUCAGCUGUCCACCAUUAAUAUUUAAUAGUGAUUUUUAAUUCUAGUGUUAAUUUCUAGUAUUGUCAGUCGGAUAACAACUUUAUUUCAGGUGAAUAAUUUAUAUUUAGCAACAAGAACAUGUCAGCAAUGGGCCACAGAGUUGUUCGUGUUUCAAAAUUUCGAAAUGUGUAUGGCACAUGUUGGAAGAGAGACUUGUGCUAUGAUGACAUCAAAGUCUCCAAAUCGUCAUGGGAUUCAACUUUCUGUACUGUUAAUCAGAAAUUCCUUGCCGUCAUUACUGAUUCAGCUGGUGGAGGAGCAUUUGUUGUUUUACCCAAUACCAAGGAAAAUGUUGGGAGAAUGAAAUCUGAUUGUCCUGUUGUGAGUGGGCAUAAAGGACCUGUCUUAGAUAUUGCUUUUUGCCCUCAUAAUGAUAACCUAAUCGCUUCCGGCAGCGAAGACUGUUCGGCAAAACUAUGGAUCAUUCCAGACGGUGGUCUUACAACGACAAUGACAGAACCGUUUUUUGCCCUGUUAUAUCAUCAACGGCGAGUCGGCCUUGUUCUUUGGCAUCCAGCUGCCGAGAACAUCCUUCUCACGGCUGGUUCCGAUAAUCUGGUAGUCAUUUGGAAUGCAGGCACCGGGGAACCUACUAUUGUUAUCGAUAGCCACCCUGAUUUGGUUUAUUCCGCCUGCUGGAAUUGGGAUGGGUCCAAGCUGCUCACCACUUGCAAAGACAAGAAGAUUCGGAUCAUCAAUCCUCGUUCGGGAGUAGUUGAAGAGGAGGCUGUUUGCCACGAAGGAUCGAAAGCCUCUCGGGCAAUUUUCCUAAAAAACGGACUUAUUUUUACGACGGGAUUCUCAAAAGUCUCUGAGAGGCAGUUCUCUCUCCGAGAACCUGGUCUUUUGAAUGAGCCAAAGAUUGAAACCGAAGUUGACACUUCUAACGGUGUCAUGUUCCCUUUCUACGACGCUGAUACUAACAUGGUUUACCUUUGUGGCAAGGGCGACUCGGUUAUUCGCUACUUUGAAGUGACGCCGGAGCCCCCUUUCGUGCAUUACAUCAACACAUUCCAAACGCCCGAUACCCAGCGCGGUAUUGGAAUGAUGCCCAAAAGGGGAUGUGACGUGCUUUCGUGUGAAAUCACGCGAUUUUACCGCCUCAACAGCUCUGGACUCUGUCAGGUCGUAUCUAUGACAGUCCCUCGCAAGUCUGAGCUGUUUCAAGACGACUUGUAUCCAGAUACUGUGAGCCCUGUUCCCGCUCUUUCAGCCAUCGAUUGGCUAUCUGGAAUGGAUCGUGAGCCUCAGAUGAUGUCGUUGAAAAAAGGCCUUUCUGGCCGAUUCCACGACGAAGAUGAAUCGGAUUCGAUUGCUAAGCUUUCCAACGUUCCAUCUCCUCUGGGUACGCAAGUGCGGCUGUGUCGCACUAACAGUCUGAACAUCUGUCGGAAAGAUCUUUUGUCGAAAAGUCAUUCACUUCCGCCGAACGUCAAUCCUCUUGCGAAAGAAAAUGAAGCUUUGCUGAAGGAAAUAGCGCGUUUGAAGAAACAAUUGGCUAAACAAGAAGAACGAGUUCGAGUUUUGGAGUCGUUAAAUCAUGAAGAACGGAUUCGAAAACUAGAAUCGUUAUUUGACUUUCAACAAAAGAUUCGUGAGCACGAAUCCAACAAUGUUUUCAAGGUGGAAUCGCCAAAGUAUGAAGACAACAACAAUAACAGCAAAAUGUCGGCUUAUGAUUGUGGUACUUGCCAACCUGAAACCGGCACUCGUACACGUCCCACCGUCCUAUCCAUUCCGUUUACUCCUCCCAAGGAUCCGUGUAACGUUUCAAAUACCGAAACUUUAGCAGCAAUCCUUCCUCAGCUUCCUUUCAGUGGAACCAUUUCGUCGUUGUCUAAUUUCCUCUCUACUCCCAUAAACGCAAUGGGCUACGAGUUACCAUCACCCAUGGCCACUGCCCAAUCUCUGGCCUCUUUGCCACCUGUUCGAGUGUUAACUUCAUUGAGCAAAUGGGGUCCAUUCAGGGCACUUUCUUCAUCACUGAUGUCGUCCCUCACUCCUAAAUCCCCAUCGGAUUCACCUUCGCAAAGUCCUUUUGAAUCCGUCAUUUGAUUAUGUCAGUUCAACUUACAGUGCUAUUAGUCGAUAAUCCGAUUGUGCUAUUCUGAUUAUUUCGAUAAUCACAGUGAUUAUCGUAGUAUUCGAUAAUCGCGCAACAAAUUUUUUUUAUUUAAAGAAGUUUUUUUUUGUCAUUCUAUGUACAACUUGCAAAGUGCAAUCUAAAAUAUGUUAAUUUAGUAUUUACUAUCUUUAUGCAAUAUAUACCGAAUUUAAACGGGAAAAAAAUCAUAAGAC